AUGAAAUUAUCAGCACAUAAACCAUUGAUAGUGACUGAAAGAGGCUCCAAAUUCUUACCUAAUGAAUCUAUAAAUCAUUAUUCGUCACAUUUGUCAGAGCUACUCUACUUAUUGAAUGAGGAGCGUGAUUUGGAUGAUACUUCGAGAAUGUCCAUAGAGGGAAACUUAUUCGAAUUGACGUCUUACAUACCUAAACCAUCUUCGGCUAUAGACACCAACUAUAGAAUAUUUUAUCCUAAUGAACAACUAUCAAAGAUAUUAAUCGACAAUUACGCCCCGCUAUUGAAGUUUUCGUCUUCUUACUUUAACUUGUCUUUAGCGUCACAUAUAACGAAGUACAUGGUUGAAUUAGUUUACAUGUUGCAAUACUGGGAAGUAUACCAUUUGUUGUAUCUUUUGCCUGAUUUAGAAUAUAUUUUAAAAUUAGUUGACAUUGAGGUUGUUCAGACGCCCUUUGGGCCCCUCGUCAGGCCUCCAAAAAACUUGAUGGUUGAAUCAAUGUCCCAAGGGUUACAAUACCCAUUUCCAUAUCCAUUUUAUAACUAUUCUUACCAUUCAUUAGAUCCCACAGUGACGAAGAGAAAAUACUCAAAGAUAAAUAUAACACCGUAUAUUGAUAUAACAUUAGCAAAUUUGCAAAACCCUGCAAAGAAGAGACAAUUAGAACCACCAAUCACUAUAAAGAAUGAAACUAUAACCAAUGAUUAUGUCGAAGCCAAUAAUAUAGAAACGGCAAAGAAGGACAAGGCUGAAUCGGUAAGUGACAAUGCUGAAGGUGUGAAUGGACACGAAUAUAAAACUAGAGGCACCAGACGUAAACAGCAAAAAGAUCUGAACCAAAAUACUAUUGAAACUUUCAACGAAACUUUCAACGAUGAUAAUGAAAUCGAAGAAGAGCAAGUAAAUGAAAAAUAUGAGGAAGUAGGAAACCCUGAAAGAGAUGAAACACCAAGUAUUGAUGUUGAAGAAAAUUCAGAACCACCAGUUCAACAAGAUGAUAAAGAAAACGAAGAUCAUGAACUAGAAAGAGAAGUUACAUCUAGUCAAAGUCCAGGUUCUGAAAAUGUCAACAAUAAUGAUGACAACAGCCAAUUCGAAAUAAAGAUAAUACAUUCUGGAAGUGAAAAGGGCCUUACGGAAGAGGAGGCAAAGAAAAAUAAAUCUAAGUCUGGAGUGAUACAUCAAUGCCAUCUAAUGGACCCUCACACCAUGAAAGCAUGUUUGAAAAUUUUUUACGGUAAGAACGAAUUGUUAAGACAUCAAGAAUUCGUUCAUGCUACAAAGAAAAAAAUAUAUAAAUGCAUUUAUUGUUCACGAAAUGGAACUAAGGUGCAGAGUUACCCAAGACACGAUUCGCUUGCAAGACACAUAAGACGGAAGCAUGGAAUCACCGGGAAAGAGAAUAAAAUGGCAGUUAAUUAUGCCAAAGAAAAUGUAGAAGUAAUUGAUGAUCCUAGCAAAUUACCUCGCAACCAAGCAUCAGGACAGUUCGGUAAGCCGUUACCUCGUCCACAGUUUUUGAACAGUGAUUUUACUAUAAAAUCGAGCUAUGCUGGGUUCUUGCUGUUCAGUACUCGUGAUGGCCAAAGUAGAAACCAACCAGGGAGCUCGUCGUCAAAUAAAUCAAAAGCAACCACUGAAUCCGAGGCAGCAUCACCACCAAAUGCGUCUAUGAUCUCCAAUACAUCGCCAGAGACCACUGUCAUCGAUAAAUCUCCCAAUUUUGAAAGCCUGAGCUUACAUUCGCAAAAUGUAGCUUCACCUUCGACAAGUCCGUCACAUAGAAAUGUUAAUAUCAAUUCAGUAAAUUUCAACAAACCGGAAGCAUCCAUCAUAAAAGACAACUUUCAAAAAUUCCGAUUUUCCAACCCAACGCAACUGCAUACAUACCAAUUCGAAGUUGAAAAAGACUCUGGUGCAACAAAACCUCAUUCUCACUCGAUGGAUGUAGCCUAUUUAAAUACUCCCCUUCCUAAUGCAAUUCAAAAGCUUAAUUCAAAUGAAGAAUUGUCUGAAAGUGAUCUCCUCACUUUGGAUCCACAUAAUUUGCCGUCUUCAAUUCCUUCGGACGAAGCUUCUAAGAUUCGAGGUUUGAUUUUAGAAUUGCGCAAAAAGCAGGAUGAUUCGAAAUCAUCAUAA